UACGGGAAAAGUAAUGCGUCACUACAUAUCUCUUAUUCUUUCCUUCUCUACAAAGGCUGAAGUUGCCAAGAGCUUGGAUAAACUAAUCGAGGUAUGGACUCGUCAGCUUUACUCAAAUGGAGAAUAUUGGGGAGGUUGUAUUUAUGAAAGGGGUUGAUGAUGAAACUUUCGUCCUAUGGUUGAUGUUAGUUGACUGGGUUCUGUUUUUUUUAUAGUCGCCACACUAGAGGCUUGAGAAUCUUGUUGACUUGCGUGGAGGGCUACAACUUGGGUCGUUGUAUAGAUGUGAAGAUAUCGUGCGAUGCUUGACCUCUGAUUUCGAUCUCAAAUUCGCACUUAUCGCAUCAUGCGCUAUCUCGUCUCGUUCUUCUUCGCCUUUCUCUCUUUCCUCCCUGUCUUUACUCAAGCAUGCCUCGUUUACUACGCAACCUCCCCUUUCGAUAACGAUAAACCGUUUGUAGGGAAGAUAAUCGAUAAUGGGAUUGAAACGUGCUCGAUCAAUAUGACGUAUAAUGAACAUUGGAGAUGGCAGGCGCUGGAGAAUGAAAAGGAUUGGGAGAGGGAGGAGUGGGCUUGGAAACCCUGGCAUUUCACAUGCACGAAGAAAUUAUGGCAGGGGAAAAUGAAGGGGAAUAAUACGGACCGCACAUAUGCAGCAGAACUGGGCGUCGGUCUCCGCGGUGUAACAUACCAUGCACAUGGCGAGAAAUUCUGGUUUAAUCCGGAUACGGUGGAAGAUGUGGCGGGCGAAAGAUGGGUUUAUAGCAAGAAGUUGUGGUGUGCUGGGAAAUAGGGUGGGGAUGUACGGGGUAAGGUUAUUGGGGUGGUCUGAUGGGUCGCUUGCGGCGAGAGUGUGAGGAAAAUAUGGGAUAUUGAGGGAAAUACUGAGUUUCUCUACUUUGAUCUAGAGUGAAGAUAUCACGGGUGUGCAAGGAGUGAAGGGCAUAAAUUCUUUCUUUAUCGGUUGUCGAAUUUAUGAAAUGUUUUUCCAUAAUUUCAAAAUCCAUGAAUUUUUAUAAUAUGGGCGAUUCUAUUCAAGUUUUACGCUCUU